AUGUCAGCCGCUGUACUUAGAUGCCUCGAUAAGGAGCAGCUUCGUACUGUAGCUCUCAGUCUGGUUGACGGAAUUUACAAAUCAGCUGAAAGUUUGGAGGUCCUAUGUCUGAUCGUGUCUCUCUUGGAUGACAAGGAUAGGAACGAGAUCAAACCAAAGUUGAUCGAAUUCUUGCUUUUGGCGUCCACAGAAGGAAACCAAGUUUGGACUGAAUCCUCUCUCUUGUUUAUUCAGGACACUCCCUCGCUUUUGAAGCCUGUAAUUGCUCACAUUGCCGCUCUUUUAGAGGUAGAGACAACCUUCAAGUUCAACUUUGUCCAAAAGAUCUCACUUGAAAGCAACAACAAUGCCAAUCGUGGAGACGAUGCGUUGGAAACGGAUCAGAUUUUACACAUCUUUCUGUUCUUGUCUCAAUUGUUCACCGCUGAGAUCAUCAACAAGUCCCCGGAUAUCAAUCAGCUUGACCGAAUCCUCUCCAAUUUCCUAGGACACAAGGAUGAGUCAAUUGCCCUAGAGUGCUCCAAACUUUUGAGGUGGAGAAUUGAUUCAAUAUGUCAAGAGAGCCUUGCGGAUGAGACAUCUGAGGAGUAUUAUUGGAGCUUAAUUUGGGCAUUGAAGGAUUCGGCAUCCAGUAAAAUUCACGAAUCCAAUGCUGCGAUUAUGUGGCUCCGAAUUCUCGCAAAUUCGCAUAUGAUGCUUCGCGCCGACAAAUUCUUUCAAGAAAACAUUAUCAAUCAGGAGUUUUACUGGCAACUUUUGCAGGAUGGCUUGGCGAGCACUUCCCAUGAGCAUCGGAAAUUCAGCUUGUCAAUUCUCCAAUACUCGGUCAAGCUGAUUGACUCUUGCAUUUCAACAGAGAUUUUCACAUGGGACACUCUGAAAUCCGAUCAAUUGUUGCGUGAAUGGAGUAGGUACACCACCUUGUAUGAAAUUCUUGGUGUCGAUACCUCGCUUCAUCAAUUACAAGCUGCUACAAAUGACAUUUUGUACCUUAUGAGCCCCGAAUCUUUGGUGCAUGCUUCGUGGGGAUACUGUCUAUUGUCCACAGGCUUUCAAGCAUCUAUGGACUCUGUCCGCAAAGCCACGGCAGCAAUCUUGUUGGACUUAGAUGAGUCAAGCUUUCAGUCCCUCAAAUAUGGCCUUCCUUUUUACGAAAAGCAAUUCUUGCCCUAUAUGAUGCUUUCGCGUCAUUUCAGUGUCAGACGUGUCCAUUCUUCUACUAACUCCAUUCAUUGUGAGUAUGGAGCGAGGUUUUCUGAGUUUCUCUCUUCGGUUAUCAAAAGUAUUGAAAGUUUAGACGAAAAGGCCAGCUUUGUCCGCUCGACAUUAAGGGUCCUCAUCGCGACAAAGGACUCCUUUGAUGCAGUUAAGAUUUACACCACUUGGGGUGUUGUAAAGGGCCUAGACAGUCUUCGGGCACUAAAACCCGGUUUUGAUGAUUCACUCUUGAUCGAACUAUUCGAUAGUCCCACUGAAGGUGAACUUUAUCAAAAAGUGAUCCAAAGUUUGAAUUUGAGACUUGUACUCGCUCUCGAUGUCAGCAAUGCUAACCAAGCUGUUGAUAUUUUGCUGAAGUUCGUCAAUCACAACGGAUACCAAAUUUUCUGUGAUAAUAUUCCGCGCAUCAAACAGUAUCUUGAAUCACAACAAAUUGCAGAUGAGGCCCUACUCGAAGUGUUAGAGUCAGAAAUCUCUUUGACCGAAGCGAUAGUCUCGUUGAAGUUGAUGACAUCUCCAAAUAACGCAUUGCCAUCAAUGUUAAACGAUUUAAAAUUACGAUAUGGUGAUUUGAUAGUUACGAGAAUGGUCGAAGUCGGGUUCAAAUCAAAUGAAUUAAAGAAUCUUUGGUGCUCGAUUCUUUCUUCCGCAUUGAACGGCUCGGUUUCCAUCGAUGUCUACGAGUCUUUGGUCGAGGGUAUGAAAUACUGCUCUCCCACGGAAUCUUUAUCUUUGGGAUCCUUGUGGUCAAACAUAGUCUCAUCAUUACAUGCUCCAUCUGCCUCCAAUGUUAUCCAAGUGCUUGCCAGACAACGUUUGUUUAAUGCUGUGCUUCAGGCGACCGGUCCUCAGGAUGUCCUGAUAACCAUAGAUGAGAUCACUGACCUAUUACAAUCCUCUUUUAAAAAUACAUCAGAGUUGGCGCAGGCUAUAGCUGGCUUCUAUAAGCUCAAAAAGAACAUUUUUGGGGAACUUCACCACUCGCUUUUCCUCUUGGUUUCUGAAUCAGGCAUUCCUAGGUCCGAUGUUGCGGGUAUCUUGUCCGCGUUGCAUUUCGAAUCAACACAUACAUUAACUUUGACUUCAAUUUGCUCAAUCAUAAAGCAAAUGUUCGACAAAGAAGUCACUAACCCGGAACAAAUCGUAAGUAUCGCUGAACAACUUCUUUGCACUGUUCAAAGUUUGAACGAAGAUCGGUUCAAGCUUGAGGAUCGGAAAGCUCAUAAUCUCCUCAUUGAGGUUUUUCUUCACCCAUUCUUAUUAAGCAGAAUAGAAUAUGUUCCCGAGUUAAACCACUGCGAAUUACAAUUUGCAAACAUCAUAAUUGAAAAUGCAUAUGCAAGACGAGGAUUGCUUCCUAGGUAUUUUGAAUGUCUCAUACAAUUUCAAACUUCAUCUCAGGCUUGUUUUGAAGCUUUACCAUUUAUUGUCGAAGUUUUGAUGAAGGCCAUGACACUCCGUCAGUUGAGUAAUAGUGUAUUCAACAUUGAAGGUAUCAUUGGCAAAUUGUUCGACGAGAACUUAUCUGCAAGUGAAUCAAAUGAUCUCUAUUUUGACAUUUAUGGACCAGAGGAGGUAGCUUACAAUGCUAAUUUGUAUGCAAUUGUUAACUCGUUCAAGUCUCAGGCGACUGCUCAGAGAAUGAUGGAAGCAUGCUUAACAGAGCCAUCUCCACUUAUUAUUUCUGAUACAGUCAGCUCAAAUGAUGGAAAUGAGGAAUACUCCCGUUGUCAAAUUGCAAAAAUUAUCGUUUCAGUCUUGAAUACUCUCGACCUAGAAUCAUCAAGUACCACAAACCUUCCGAAAUUAUUUGAUCUUGUUGAAAAUGAACCAAGUCCUUUGGUCCGAAUUUAUCUAGAGUGGGCUAUUGCAUAUCAUUUGGUACACUAUCCACAACUUGUUGAAAUGGUAUUUGAUAAACUAUUGGCGCUACUCAAAAGACAUGAGCUGCGACCUGUCGUUGUUACCAUCUAUGAAAAGAUUCUCUUUUUGGCUAUACAAUCAAUGGAGCCCGACAAUGAGCUGAUUUACAUCUCCAAAUUAAUUAGCGUUGUUAUUCCCGCUGCAGCUACAAAUAAGGCAGUGACAAGACAUUUUUCAAUGUCUUUGGCUAUAUCAAUCUAUGAAGAAAUUAACAAAAAGAAGCUCAAUCUCAACCCUGAGCUUUUGGCUAUUGUUGAGAAUAUGUACUCCAAUGCAAUUGCAACAAACGCGUUCUCUCAAUUUCGCAGUGGCAGCUCUUGUCUCUGGGAUGUUAUUGGCGAUCUUGAUCUUGUCCAUGUCUCAGGUGGUUUGUUAGUUGAGCUCAAUAAUCGUGAGGUUGAGCAUGUUACUUGUGAAGAAUUUGAAAAAUAUCUUAGCAGCAGUGCUAUCAACAAUCUGAAUAUCCCAAUCGGCAAACCAAGAGAUUCUCAAUGGUCUGCAAGCAAAACAGAAUCUGAGGAACCAGCUUUCAGUGAACAGAGCCAGAAGAAACUGUCGCCUCUACAAACAAAAAGUGGAGCUUGGAGCACUGUCAUGGAUGUUGACAAGAAGACGGAGCUCGCAGAUAUUGUUAGAAGUGAUUUGAUCGUGGUCGCUUCCCUUGUCGACAAACCACCGAACUUGGGCGGUAUUUGCAGACUUUGCGAUGUUCUAGGAGCUGGUCUACUUACACUCCAUGAUAAGAAGGUAAAAGAGCAUCCACAAUUCAAGAAUGUGGCAGUCACUGCUGACCACUGGAUGCCAAUGACUGAAGUUAAACCAGAGCAGAUUGUCACUUAUUUACGAGAGAAAAAGGCAGAAGGCUACACUUUAAUGGGGUUGGAACAAACUGACAAGUCAGUUGUGCUCGACAGCAAACUUGAAUUUCCGAAGAAGACGUUGAUUUUGUUGGGCCGUGAGAAGGAAGGAAUUCCGGGAGAACUAUUAGCUGAAUUGGAUUUAUGCGUGGAAAUUAAACAGGUGGGUGUGAUUCGGUCUAUGAAUAUCCAAACCGCCACUGCAGUGAUCGUGCAUGCAUACUCAUCGCAAAACUGCUAG